UGGAGCCAAUAUAAGGUUAAACCGUCACCGGAGCAGUUCAUUCCAACCCUGAUAUGCAGAGAGAAGGGUUCCUUUGUUUACUGCUCUCCGCAGUGCAGAUCCUGUCCGUUGAUGGAGCAGAACCAAGAAUUAAUGAGGACAGCAGACUUCCGGAAGAUGUCGGAGAAGGAGAAUAUUCAAGACAACUUGACAACCUAGGACGGGGGAAUAUCCUUAGACAGCUGGACAACCUAGGACGGGGAAAUAUUCUGAGACAACUUGACAACCUUGGAGACGGAAACAUUCUCCGACAGCUUGACAACCUUGGGGAUGGAAACAUUCUAAGACAAUUGGACAAUCUUGGACGUGGAAAUAUUCUUAGACAACUUGACAACCUUGGACGUGGAAAUAUCCUCCGUCAGAUGGACAACCUUGGAAACGGAAAUAUUCUCCGUGAUUCUGAAACCAAGCGUGGGUUUGACGCUAUGAGUGGCCUCACCUUUGGAAAGAGUAAGAAGAACUUUGAUGAGAUCGACCGAACUGGAUUCGGACGUUUUGUCAAGAAGAAUUUCGACGAAAUCGACCGCACUGGAUUCGGAAGAUUUGUCAGCAAGAAGAACUUCGACGAAAUUGAUCGUACAGGAUUCGGCCGCUUUGUCAAGAGAAACUUUGACGAAAUCGAUCGGGCUGGCUUCGGUCGGUUUGUGAAACGUCCCAGCAAAAAGAAUUUCGACGAGAUUGAUAAUGUUGGAUUCCGUAGCUUUUACUAAUCAACCCUGCAAUCCGAAUUAUUAAAGUUAUAUAAAUGUAAUUUUGUAUUUGAAAGAUAUUUGACCAAGAUCAUGCAUUGUAAUCAUAUAUUGAUGUUUAUAAAUAUACUUUUUUCGGGGUUCUUCA